AUGACACUCUGCAGGCAACGUACCGCACAACAACAGCCCGCGGAGCUCCUGUCCUCUCAGAGACUCUUCGAUGGGCCUCCAACAACCGCCCGAACUGCUGCCUACUACAUCUGCUUUGCGCUGCAGGGCGUCUGCAGUGGCACGGCGAUGACGCAGAUGAUCAUCGUGCUCUCCGAUUGGGUCGGUCCCGAGAGGCUGGCUAAAUCCUUGGCCAUAAUGAUGGUUAACCUUGGACUCCUCUACGUUCCCGCUCAAGCCCUAAUUGCUGGCACAGAAAGUGUGGCUAGUGCAUUCGGGAGGCCUAAUGAGGAAGGUGGCUUUGCAAACAGACGAGGGAGGGAAGACGGAACUGGUGGCGCUCUCUUCGAGCCCCCUAAACAUCACCUGAGAGGACAGGAGCUCCGCGGG